AAAUAUUCCUUGCUUCCGCCAACUAACGAACUUCCUCUCUUUCCUCUUUCCCCACCAUUUUUAACGCUGCAAACUUUAGAGUAUCCCAAUAUAGCUCCGAAAUUAAUUAAACUUCCGAGUCCGGAUCGGCGAUUCGGAUCUUCCGGCUCCCUCCACCAAUGUCUAAACAGACAUACAGUGUAUGUUUCUGUUUCCGUCGGCGGUUCCGCCUAGCUGAAGCCGAGGCUCCGGCGGAGAUUAAAAGCCUAUUCAAUCAAUACUCGGAAAAUGGGGUGAUGAGCGUCGAUAACCUCCACCGCUUCCUGAUCGAGUUUCAGAAGGAGGAGGAGGCUACGGUGCAGGACGCUCAGGCCGUCGUCGAUAGCCUCCAUCACCUAAAGCUUUUGCAUCACAAAGGUCUCAAUCUCGCAGCCUUUUUCAAGUAUGUCUCAGGCGGUGCAAAUUCUGCUUUUAAUCCUAAACUCGGGAUUCACCAUGAUAUGAAUUCUCCCUUAUCACACUACUUCAUAUUCACCGGCCAUAAUUCUUAUUUAACUGGCAAUCAACUAAGUAGUGACUGUAGUGAUGUCCCUAUUAUAAAAGCGCUGCAAAGAGGUGUUCGAGUAAUUGAGUUGGAUAUAUGGCCAAACUCUACAAAGGAUGAUAUUGAUGUUCUCCAUGGAAGGACCCUGACCACUCCAGUGGCACUUAGCAAAUGUUUGAGGUCUAUUAAAGAGUACGCCUUUUCUGCAUCCGAGUAUCCAUUGAUAAUAACUCUUGAAGAUCAUUUAACUCCAGAUCUUCAGGCUAAAGUGGCAAAGAUGAUCACACUAACAUUUGGAGAGAUGCUGUUUUGUCCUAACCAAGACAGUUUGACGGAAUUUCCUUCACCAGAAUCACUGAAAAAACGGGUUAUUAUAUCAACUAAACCACCCAAGGAGUACCUACAGACAAAGGAAGCUAACGAGAAGCCACAUAAAGAAAGCAGUUCAGAUGAGACUGAAGCUUGGGGAAGAGAAGUUUCAGACCUGACUACAAAAGAUAAUUAUGAUAAGGACGAUGCUGAUGAUGACGAAGAAGAAGACCCAAAGUCACAACAGAAUGGCACACCAGAAUACAGGUCUUUAAUUGCCAUUCAUGCUGGAAAGGGGAAGGGGGGACUUUCUGAGUGGCUGAGAGUUGAUAUUGAUAAAGUGAGACGGCUGAGUUUGAGUGAGCCACAGCUGGAAAAGGCAGUUACAACUCACGGAAAAGAAAUAAUUCGAUUCACGCAAGGAAAUUUGUUGAGAAUUUACCCAAAGGGGACACGCUUCAACUCCUCUAACUACAAUCCCUUAAUUGGCUGGAUGCAUGGAGCUCAAAUGGUGGCAUUUAAUAUGCAGGGUUAUGGUAGAUCACUUUGGUUAAUGCAAGGCAUGUUCAAGGCAAAUGGUGGUUGUGGAUAUAUUAAAAAACCAGACAUAUUGUUGGGAUCUAAUUCUUCUUAUGAUAUAUUAUUUGAUCCUAAUGCUCCAACUCAAACUACCUUGAAGGUCACUGUAUAUAUGGGCGAAGGAUGGUAUCAUGACUUCUGCCAUACUGAUUUUGAUGCAUAUUCACCUCCAGAUUUCUAUGUGAAGAUAGGCAUUGCAGGAGUUCCAGCUGAUGUGGUAAUGAAGAAGACAAAGACAAUAGAAGACAACUGGAUACCCACUUGGAAUGAGAAGUUUGAGUUCAGACUAACUGUUCCUAAAUUGGCUCUUCUCCGUUUAGAAGUUCAUGAGUUCGAUGCAUCCGGUAAAGAUGACUUCGCAGGCCAAACAUGCAUACCAAUAUCUGAGUUGAGACAAGGGAUCCGAACUGCCCCUCUCCAUGAUCGCAAGGGUGAGAAGUAUAAAUCUGUAAAGCUGCUUUUGAAAAUUGACAUUCUUUGACUACUCUGAUCUGUAUCUCUUUCUAUGUAUAUAUAUAUCUAUAUAAACGCGCACACUUUUAAAUACAAUACUCCAAAAAAAGAGAUGAGGUAUUGAACUAACUUUCC